AUGGUUAGAGAGACUCGGCACCUGUGGGUUGGAAAUUUACCCGAUAACAUACGUGAAGAUCGAAUAAGAGAGCACUUUAAACGCUAUGGCCGAGUCCAAAAUGUCAAGUUAUUGGGUAGAAUGGAAAACGCGAACGCAGGUGCGAACGGGGCGACCGUUACCGGUUUUUGCGCUACAGUUGCCUUCAUGGACAUCAAGUCUGCAUCGAAGGCGCACAACGCGGAGCAUGUGCUCGAUGAGAGGACCCUCACCACGGAGUAUUACGAGCCAGCGGCGAUUCCAUCGGCCGCGGGCGCGCCUUCGGCCGGCUCCUCGCCCGCGGGCUCCGGCUACUCUGGCUCAUCGUCCUCCGUGAACUCGGCGCCGGCACCGCCCAACGUCACGCGCUACCAUUUGUCG